AUAUCGGCACGGCUUCAUGUUCAAUUGCAAGACACACAGAGCGUAUCCCUCAACUAUAGGAUUGAUGUUUUUUUUUCCUCUCUCAAAAAACAGCAUUCUAGCAGGAAAACGGAUUAUAGUAGCAAUAGCCAUUCAUUACACAUUCAAGUUUUAUCGUCUCUAGCUAGGGAUAUUUACCGGCAAGAUGGAUCCAUAUGUACUAAGAACGUCCGAGGAUAAAGUUGAACAGACUAAAUCUGACUUCCGUGGAUCCUGUGUAAAAUCACCAAAUGAGGAGAAUAUCAAGUUGCUGCUUAGCGAAGAAUGGUGUACUAACGACAUCGGUAUCAAACUGCUAUCACAGGAUCCUCACGCUUAUACAUAUCUAAUUACGAAGCCCGACCCAAACAAGCUUACCAAAACAAUCAUACGCGUGAUGCUACCUGUCGACCCUUAUUUCAAAACUCAGGCCGAGGUCUCUUCCUUGGAAUGGGUUCGACAGUAUACAUCGCUACCAGUUCCGAAAGUUGUGAUAUUCGACCCGACUGGCACUACUCAGAUUGGGCUCGAAUGGAUUGUUCUUGAAUGCUCGCAAGGCCAGGUACCUCCCAUGGCGGAGGCUGAAGUGGGUGAAGCUAACUGGGAAAUGGUAAGCGACGAAAAGAAGCGGUCGUUAAUAAGACAAUUGGUGGCAUUCUAUUCUGCCACAUUCGACCACCAACUCUCCACCAUCGGCAGUCUAUAUAUGGGCCAUGCGACCGGAAGGCGGGACAGAGACGAUAAAGUUGGUGUUAUCGUCUCCCCGGAGUUCUAUAUGGACAACCAGAAGGUCAAUAUUGGCCGUGGACCGUUCAGAAAUAGUGCUGAGUGGCUCCAAAUACGCAUAGAGAUGAAGCAGAGGGACAGCUUGGCCAUCUCGAACACCGACGUGGCGCUCAAAACCAAGCAUAUCAUCGAUCGCCUGAAGAGAUUGAGAGGAAGGCUCUUUGAUUCAAUACUCUUUGAACCCACAGUGCUCACAAACUGUGACAUCAAUUAUAAUAGCAUCCUGAUGAAUCGUAAUAAGCUAGUCGGGAUACUGGGUUGGGAGCAUACGUCUGCGCUUCCAUUAUGGAAAGGGUGCGAACUUCCCAAAUUCCUGCAAGGGGUAGCACGUAACCAACAACCCGAAGAGAGAUAUUACCUAGACGAACAUGGCCAGUGGUUGGCCGGGGCUGAAGAAGACUUCGCCAAGCAUAUGCUUCAAUGGGAGAGAACAUCGCUUCAAAAGAUGUUCCUUAACGAAAUGUCGCAAGCGUGUCCCCAAUGGACUACCAUUUAUAACUCUCCAAUUACUCGACUAAGGAAGGACUACGACAUUGCCGUAAGCUUUUGCGACAACGCAUCCACUCAAGCUUCAAUUGAAAGGUGGCUUUACACCGUAGAGUCUGGUUUGGAAAAUAUCCGCCUCCAAGACCCAGGAAAGAACCGCGUAGAUAUCUCAAGCCUCGGUUUUACUAUCCGCAGCCUUCAGGAUCGUAUAUACGACAGCACGAACGUAUCCGACACAGCAAGACAGCCCGUCACUGGCCCAGAAUCGUAUAUAUUGCAUAUGUUUCGAUAAGGAAGGAUAUUGUUUACGGACUAGGCCUCUGGGUUCUACGCUGCAUUGUGGCCACUCUUAAUUGAUCACACCAAUCACGAAUCACGAUCAG